ACCAUCUUGACCUUCCAUAUCGCCGCCCCCUCGCUUCUCGCAUUAAUGGGCCAUGAUCGUAUUCACUGCCAGCCACAAGUAUCCAUGUGUUCGAUAGCUCGGCCGUUGUUUUACCGUCCCACACAUGCUAGCCCGCCAUGACGACCCUACGGAAAUUCUGGCCGAGUGCCCUGCGAUCACGACCUAGCCGACCGUUUCCGUUUCCGUUGCCGUCCCCGGUUUCCCAAGCCAAGAGAUACCAAUCCUCAAAGUCGCAGAGGACCGUCGCCGAAUACUUAGAUUGGCGACCCAGCACGGAGGCCGCUGAUGUUGUCGUCAAUGGCUAUGUUCGGUCCGUGAGGACGAUGAAAUCGGACAUCUUCGUCCAUGUCGGAGAUGGAUCAACUCGUAAGCCUCUCCAGGCUCUGGUCCCGAAACAGAUGGCAGGAGGGUCCGGGUUGAGAGUCGGUGCUGCCAUCCGGCUUCGAGGAUCGUGGGUACCUUCGAGCCACGCCGACCAGAGCCACGAGCUGAAGGUCAGCGAUGUGGAUAUUCUAGGUCCCUCCGAUGCAUCAACGUAUCCCAUCCAAAAGAAAUACCAAACACCCGACUACCUACGGUCAAUUCCACACCUGCGCUCGAGGACGCCCUUGAACACCGCCAUUCUUCGCCUACGCUCAGAUGCAGUAGCGACCUUGACGCAGUUCUUUGCGUCCCGCAACUUUACCCAGACCCACCCGCCCAUCAUCACAUCUUCCGACUGCGAAGGGGCGGGCGAAGUAUUUACCGUAUCCGCUGGCUCGGCCGAGACCGCUCCAAAGAACAAGGCGGAGGACACCUUCUUCCGUGGGCCCAAAUACCUCACUGUCUCUACCCAGCUGCACCUCGAAGCGCUGGCGCAGUCCCUGGGCAACGUGUGGACGCUUUCCCCGACCUUCCGCGCCGAGAAGAGCGACACCUCGAGACACAUGAGCGAGUUUUACAUGCUCGAAGCCGAAAUGCCGUUCGUCGAACAAAUGGAUGACGUCCUUGAUCUCGUGGAGGAUAUGCUACGGCACCUGGCCACGAACCUGUAUACGUCCAGACCGGCCGUGGAGCUACGUGAGCGACAUAACCGCGGGAAGUCACGUACCGCAGAAGACGACCUCGUUUCCGUAGACGAGGUCGACCGUCGUUGGGCCGGGAUGAUGCAGACACCGGCUUCGAAGUGGCCCCGGAUUACCUACACCGACGCGAUCGACCUCCUACAAACCGAGGCCCAUCGCUUCGAGCACAAGCCGACGUGGGACGGAGGGCUGCACUCCGAGCACGAGAAGUUCCUGGCCAAAACAGUGGGCGCAACGGGCGAACAGGGCAUCUACAGGCCCGUAUUCGUGACACACUACCCCCGGGACAUGAAGGCAUUCUACAUGAGGACGACGGCGACGUCGCCAUUGCCGUCGUCGUCGUCGACGUCGACCGCUCCUCAGACCGCCGGUUCGGGGGAUGAUUGCCCCAGCGGGACCAGGCAGCUCGGUACCACCGUCGAUUGUUUCGACCUGCUCGUCCCCGACCUCUGCGAAAUUGCGGGCGGCUCGAUGCGCGAGCAUCGCCUGGCCCAUCUCCAGGAAGCCAUGGCCACACGUGGGAUGACGUCCGGCAACAACAGCCGGAGCAACCUGGACUGGUAUGUCGACCUCCGGAGAUGGGGCUCUUGCCCGCACGGCGGUUUCGGCCUCGGCUUUGACCGGCUGCUCAGCUACCUCGCGGGCGUUCAGAACGUCAGGGACGUGGUCGCCUUCCCACGCUGGUUCGGUCGCUGUGACUGCUAAACUUGGCAGCCCACACACACCUUACUAGAUCAGUUGAGUCCAGGCUCAACCAGGCCAAACCAGUGCAGCCGGAGUACAACAGCUUUACCCGUCGAACCGUCAUGCUUGUUUCAAGCAUGCCGUGGUCGGCUAGUUUUACCCGUCUCGGAAUAUGGGGAGCCGCUUCCCCUACGAAACGUUCACACCGCAUACCCUGAAAAGCGAUCUACACCCCCAAUCCAACAACCGGGGACUCGAACCGCCAUAGUACCACCACGUGUGUUUCUUCUCCACAAUCGGUUAUCCUUCACCGAGGAAGUU